AUGAUUAUUUGCGGUACUUCAAUACUCUGCUGUGCUGGUAAAGCAUUUUGCUCUAAUGCAUGUGGUUGUUGUAAAUCUUUAUGCAAAACAACUUGGAAAUAAUAGAUUAGAUUGGCAUACAUUAUUUUAAACAUAGUAUUCACUCUUUUUAUAAUAUUCACUUUCUACUAUCUAUAAGAUAUAUUUCAAACAUUUUCAAAAUACAUUAACUGUCCUUCUGAAGCUGGUGGUGGUUCAGAAUGUCUUGGAGCUAGUUCUGUUUAUAGAAUGAGUUUUAGUUUAGCAUCAUUUUAUCUAGGAUUAUUCUUGCUUCUGUUUAUUUGCUGUGGUAUAGAAGCCAAAAAGAUGAUAAAUGAUGGAUUAUGGUGCUUCAAGAUAACUUAUAUAAUUUUAGUUUUUAUAUUAGUUUUCUUUAUCCCUAAUAGUUUUUUUGAAGGUUAUUCUUAAUUUGCUAAAUAUGUUAGUAUUCUAUAUAUGCUAUUUUAGUCUUUAGUAAUUAUUGAUCUACUCUAUAAAUGGUCUCAAACUUGGGUCAAAUAUUACGAUCAAGGAAACUAGUCUAUGAAAUAUGUUUUGGUUUUUACUUCCUUAAUUUUAUAUGGGUUGACUAUAGCUUUAAACGUUCUUACAUUCAUAUGGUUUAAAGGAUGUAGUACAAAUACUGCUAUAUCUUCUGUUAAUAUCGUAAUUCUAGUAGUUAUAACAUUUAUUCAAAUUCUUGGAUUUAACCCUCAUGGAUCAUUGAUUGCUUCUGGCGGUAUCGGAUUAUACAUUUCAUUUUUGACAUUUUCCUCAUAGUUUAGUUCUCCUGAUAGUGAAUGCAACAGUCUUAUUUCUAAUUCAGAUAAUAAAAAUGGAUUCUACUUUGAUCUAUCUAUCGCAAUUAUCUUAAAUUUUAUUGUCUUGAUGUAUGUCACUUUUAGUAGCAAAGAAUCAACAAGUAAAACUACCUAAAAUAUCAUAAACAAUGCACCUUAAGCUUUGUUAGCAGAUAAUAAAGAUGAUGAAGAAGAUAAAUCUUUAGAUUAAAAUAAAGUAUCAAAUCAAAAUGCAUAUGAAAAUAAUUCCAUGCAAUAGCCUUAAGGUUAAUAAUAGCAAUAAUCGUAGAACUUAAACUAGUAAUAAGCCAAUCUAAGUGAUGAAGAUAAAAAUGAUAUAAGAAGACUUGUUGUUAUAUAAUAAUUUAAGGCUUUCUAUGUAGUCAUGUUUUUUGUUUCGAUCUACACAUGUAUGCUAAUUACUAAUUGGGGCUCUCCUGAUUUUAGUAAUAAUACUUUCUAACUAUAUUAAGAAUCUUCUGCUAGUUAUUGGAUUAAAAUUAUAAUAGCUUGGCUAACAGCAGCUAUUUAUAUUUGGACUUUAAUAGCUCCAAAAAUAUUCCCUAACAGAGACUUCUCUUGA